AUGUCUUAUCGCCCUGACGAAUCCAACACACAGAUCUAUGCUGAGGGCGCAUGGCUGCAGGGUGCCAUCGUCACUGGCGUCCUUUACGGCGUGGUCAUCGUCCUGUCUGCCAUGUGUUGGCGCUCCCUCUGGUCUCGCGCUCGAUCACAUGGUACUGGCUACAAGAUGAACAGAUUCCUCUUGUGCUAUGUCGCGUUCCUCUUUGCGAUUGGUACGAUAUAUGUAGCGUUCAACUCCCAGAUAACGCAAUUGGGCUUUAUUGACAAUCGUUUAUAUCCCGGAGGUCCUAGUGCAUACGAGGAGGCGACCUCGUCAGCUCCACUAAACACAGCUUUCGUGGUUUCGGAUUGGUGUGCGGACCUAUUGAUGAUCUGGCGGUGUACAGUAGUAUACAAAGAUACUAGAAUGUACUACGUCGUCGUUGGACUUGGAUCUCUUCUGUUCCUUGGAACUCUCAUCACAGGAACGCUCUGGCUUGUCAUUGUCUCAACACCAGUACAAUCUGUAAGCGGUUGGAUGUCCUUCUCCUUGCUCUUCCCAUACCUCUGCUUCUCCCUCGCCAUCAAUAUCUUCAUCAGUCUCCUCACUGUCAUGCGCCUUCUAUACCACCGCCACCGAAUAUCCAAGGUCCUUGGUUUAGGCCACGGCGCGAUGUACGCCAGUUUCGCAGCCAUCAUUAUCGAAUCUGCCGCCAUUUACUCGAUAUGUUCGCUCCUUUACCUCGUACCGUAUGCCCUCAACAGCCCGAUCUCAUAUGCAUUCAUGCAAUUACUAGGUGAGGCGCAGGUCAUUGCCCCACUCCUUAUUCUCUACCGCAUCGCAGUAGGCAAGGCCUGGAUGGCUCGCUCCAACACCCUCAUGGACGAAAACUCCAUCCCGUUGCAGCGGCAGUCGGACUUACCAAAGCCCCCAGCCGCUCCACUGAAUGUUGAGAUUUCCUUUCACCAGGAAAUCACCCGCGACGAAUCAAUACACUCUCCCAAGUUAUCAUACCCGAUGGAAUCUACCGAAGUCUUUGGUAGAGCGAUAUGA